UCUCCUCUAUACAAAUCUCUAACUCAAAGUGAUUGUAUGAGGAAUGGGAUCAAGCGAAUUAUUAUACCUUGCGUCAAAAGUAAGGCGUCAGUCAUCAGGUAGGCCUAACUGAAGAGGUGAAUACAGGCAGUAAAGGGCUUUUCAUCAUAAUCUGUCAAACUCUGGUUGAAAAUGAGUGAUUCGCAGGCUUGUUCGUACUUCCUAAGCACUGGUCUUAUGACCCUCAUUGCGAUUGCAAGUGCUGUGUUCGCUGGCUUAGCAUCAACAGACGCCGGGGUUGAUCUUGGAAUAUACGAAAACAAAACUGAAGAGCUUUCGGAUUUGUACAGUAUCGAAGCAACUCCAGCAGAUUGGGCAUUCUCUAUUUGGGGAGUCAUCUUUUUGUUUGAGAUCCUCUGGAUUGCCUACGCUUUAUCAACGUUAUGCCGCUCAAACGAAGAAGGCCCUGUUUAUUCAGUCGCACCUGUCCUGCCACCUGGAUUUACUUUGCUGUAUAGCGUCAACCAGGUGCUUCUGGUCGGCUGGCUGUUCCUCUGGGAUCGGCAGUACAUCAGCUAUUCUUGCCUGGAUUUGUUCUUUAUUUUUGUGACUGGCGCCCUCUGUCUGUGGAUCAAUUACAGACGAGUAAAUGAAUACAAGUCAUAUAUGCAAGAGAAUCUCAUGGGUGACUUAGUGGCUAACUAUCUUUUGGUUCAGAACGGCAUCGCACUGUUAACAACCUGGACCUUCGUCGCGACCCUUCUCAAUGGCGCCAUCGCUCUGACGUAUGAAGACGCGACCGGGUUGGAUGACAUGUUGUCGUCCACAAUAAUGUAUAUUGUAAUUACAUUCGUAAUUACCUUGUACUUCGUCCUGGAUGUAACCAUAUGGGAAAAACACACACGCUAUACCUUUGCACCCUACAUCGUCAUAAUAGUUGCCAGCUUAGGAAGCCUUGAUUUCGAUUUCGAUUUUGAAUUUGAUUUCAAUGUUGACACCUCCACGACUAUUUUUGAGUUGGUUGCUCUUGGCCUAAGUUGUGUUUUUCUGAUCUGUAAAUUUUUCCGUACUUGUUAUGCUGCAAUACGUUAGUCCUAUUAGGAUUAAGAACGGCCAAACUGCUAUACACUUGUUAUACACCGAUUCCAAUUGGACAAAAAUAUUUUUGGGAAAUAAAUUUUUGUCCAUAUUUGCCUGUCAUACGUCAACGUAUGUUCGCACGGGUGUAUACCAGUUUGGGUAUUUGGUCAGUUUCGUUUAUGCUAUGUUUGAUGGGCAUUUUUCACACAAGUAAACUAAAACAUGUAGUCCAGGCCCCUAACCAGGUGUUUAGGGGGUUUGGCCGAAUCCCCAAUUGGCCAGGUUACUGCUCUAGUAUUGUAUCAUAACUAUGUUUAUUAAAGAAAGACUAGCUAAAUCGAUUUGGGAAGGAGAUUGAAAGGAAAAGGGAGAAAACAAACCUAAAAACAAAUAACAAAACACUGAUUAUUUUACAUAGGCUUAUUACAUAUUCGGGUACUCUCAUUGUUAAUAUUCACUAAGGUUUUUAAACAAUAAAAAUAUAUUUUUAAAAUUAAGAAAUGCUGCGUAUUAUAGUCUUCCUUUUGUGAAUAUUCUUAUAUUUUUAUCAGGACAGCGGAUCAUAUUAUUUAUAAUAUUGGUAAUUGAACUUUGUUAUUUGACAAAUAUUUGGAUGUUAUUCACUAUAGAAUGGAAUUGCUUAACUUUCCUUAUCCAAUGCACGUUUAACAUUCUGAUAAAUUUUCAAUUUAUAUAAUAUUUUUAAUUUUACCAUGUAAUAUUUAAGCACUAAGGGCCAGCAUGUUAAAAAGUAUUAUCUGAGUCGUAAACUUAUACUAACAUUAUAAUUAUAUAGGCCCUAUAUAGGCUAUUUUUCAUUCUUAUAAUUAAAAUACCGACGUUUUAAUCAGUGAAACAUGUAUUAAAUUAAUUUCAUUUAUGUAAAGCUAAACAUUGUAAUAAAUACAAAUUGUUUUAUACA